AUGGCUUUCAAGGUCUCAAACAAGCCUAUGUUUACAUUAGUGUCCAUAGCUGAUGCAGCUACAUGGUACUGUGCCCUGGUCCUUCUUGCCCUAAUCUUGUUUACUUCUUUAAGAGAGGCAUCUCCCACGUACGAUGAUGAUCAUCACUACGAUGUUGUUAAAGGCAAUCAACUAUUGGACCGAGCGUGCAAUGAAAUUUAUGUUGUACAAGAAGGAGAAACCCUCCACACCAUCAGUGAUAAGUGUGGCGACCCUUUCAUCGUGGAGGAGAAUCCUCAUAUUCAUGAUCCUGAUGAUGUUUUUCCUGGUCUUGUUAUCAAGAUUAAUCCUUCAAGGUCUAGGAAAUUGUUGCGCUAG